GUUCCAGAUUUACAGUUACUACAUUCUUUAGUGUCAUACCUUAGUGCGGCUAAAGCUUUAUUAGUACUAUAUCGUUAUGGGUCGGAAAUCGCAGUCGAAACAAAGUUCAAAGAAGAAUGGGGGGAAAGAAAAUAAUAAAUUUCUUCAACAAAAGAGAAAGGAAUUAGUUCUUCUUGUCGAUAAACUGUUAAAGCUGACGAGUACUUUUCAGGCCACCUCCACCGUGGCUAAAAGUUGGGAGCAUCACUUAGAAAUCGAGGUGAUUUUGCAGGAGGUUAGAAACAUUGAAGCGCCAGUUCAUAACGCGAAGCAGAAUGCACGACAGGCCUGCCUAGAAAAGUAUGUCAAGUGGCUUAAUGAGAAUGGAGCCCAAUUUGCAGGAGUAGAAAUCUGUGAAUUUAUAGGCUAUGAUCUUGGCCUGAAAGCUGUCAAGCCUUUCUCCGAAGGUUCUCUCAUCCUUAAGGUUCCCAGCAAAGUUAUGAUGACAGAGAAAGAUGCCCGUGAUUCCAGCCUGUCUGAAUUCAUUGGAAAGGAUCCGUUGUUGCAAAACAUGCCCAACAUUACUUUAGCUUUGUUCGUUUUAUUAGAGAAAAACAAUCCAGAAUCUUUUUGGAAACCCUACAUUGAUGCAUUGCCUGAUAAGUACUCCACAAUAUUGUACUUCACUCCUGAUGAAUUAGCAGAAUUAAAGCCAUCACCUGUGUUUGAAUCAUCGUUAAAACUGUACAGAAGUAUAGCAAGACAAUAUGCAUAUUUCUAUAAUAAAAUCCACACUUUGGACAUUUCUGGUCUGAAGAACCUUCAAGAUUUAUUCACUUUUGACAACUACAGAUGGGCUGUAUCAACUGUGAUGACUCGACAGAACAACAUCCAAAUGUCGAACGCGGACAUCACAGCUUUCAUUCCGCUGUGGGAUAUGUGCAACCACGAACACGGCAAAAUAACAACAGAAUACAACAAGGAGUUAAAUCAAGGCGAGUGCUACGCGCUACGUGAUUUCCAGCCCGGCGAGCAGAUUUUCAUAUUCUACGGAGCGAGACCGAACGCUGAUCUUUUCUUACAUAAUGGUUUUGUAUAUCCCCACAACCAGCACGAUAGCCUUUCUUUGGCGCUUGGCGUGAGCUCAAGCGAUCCCCUCCGAGACACCAAACUCGCUCUAUUAAGCAAGCUAGGACUAGCUGCUGUCACGCACUACAAUCUGUAUAGAGGGGACAACCCUAUCAGUCCAGAAUUGCUGGCCUUCAUUAGGAUAUUUAAUAUGAACCAGGAGGAGCUAACAAAAUGGUCAAGCCAGGGCAUGCCGGGAGACUUAGUAUCGUCCGAACCAACAAACUCAGACGCAGUCGGCGCCGCAGUUGACCACAAGGCGUACAAAUAUCUGUUCACGAGAUGUGGGCUGCUCAAAGCUGCCUAUAAGAAGAGCAGUGAGGAUGAACCCGACUCCUUGCAUAGGAGAAACAUAAAAUUACUUAAAGAAUGCGAAGUACAAAUAUUAGAGGGUGCCAUACAUUAUUUGGAGAGUAUACUGCAGAAACUAUCCACCGAAUAGUAACUACAUAGAUGAUUACAUCAUUUGAAAUCAUUUUUUAAAAUUAUGUUAAUUUAAAAAAUAAGAACAAAUCGUGACAGUAUUCAUUGAUGGCAUUCAUUGAAAAGACUCCAUUCAUUUUUUGUGACUCGAAUUCCGCUGUUUAUAUAUAUAAUCUAAUAUGUAUUUAUUACAUAAUAUGCGAUCAGUCGCGUAUCAGAAUACGCAACUCUAUACAGAAAGUUGCCAUAUUUAUUUAAAAUUUUACAAAUUAAAGUUAAUGAUCUUUUUUAAAUAUUUUCUAAAACUUUACAGAGCC